AUUUUUUGUUAUAUAGAGCUAGCAGCAAAAUUUAUAUACACUAGCCUCGGAGAAGAGAGGUAUUACAUAUUCAAAUUAUCUCUUAAAUAUAUCAAAUAUCUAUAUAGCUUUUUACCAUUUGAGUUAUACUUACGGAACAUUAUACAUCAAUUUUUAUUUUGGUAGAACAACCUUACACAUCAAAAUUUCAAAAAUCAUAGAAUAUAAUUGAACUUACACACACACACAUCUACAUAUAUAUAUUUGUAUAGCUUUGUCCCUAGUUCAUUACAUUCUUGUAUCAACCAUGGGAUCUCUUCCUCCUUUGCACAUAGCAAUGUUUCCAUGGUUUGCUAUGGGACACUUCACCCCAUAUCUUCACCUCUCCAACAAAUUAGCAAAAAAAGGUCACAAAAUAUCAUUCUUCAUCCCCAAAAAAACACAAACCAAGUUACAACAUCUCAACCUAAACCCAAAUCUCAUCACUUUUUACCCUCUCAAUGUUCCUCACAUUGAUGGUCUUCCCGAUGGUGCUGAAACAUCUUCAGAUGUACCCUUUUCUUUAGUCCCUCUUAUUGCUACAGCAAUGGAUCAAACAGAAAAACAAAUUGAACAUCUUCUUAAGGAACUAAACCCACAAAUAGUUUUCUUUGAUUUUCAAUAUUGGCUUCCAAAUUUGACUCAAAAACUUGGCAUAAAAAGUCUUCAAUAUUGGAUAACAAGUCCAUUUUCAAUAUCUUAUUUUUGGAAUGGACCAAGACAUAGCCAAGGAAAAGGAUUAACUGUAGAUGAUCUCAAGAAACCACCUUCAGGGUACCCUGAUGGUUCUAUCAAGCUUUAUCAACAUGAACUUCAAUUUCUAUCUUCAACAAGGAAACUUGUCUUCGGAAGUGGUGUAUUUUUAUACGAUCGUUUGCAUAUAGGUACAAGUUUAGCUGAUGCAAUUGGUUUCAAAGGUUGCAAAGAACUUGAUGAACCAUAUGCUGAAUUUCUUGGAAAUUUUUAUGGAAAACCUUAUCUACUUUCAGGUCCUUUGUUACCUGAAACACCAAAAACAACUUUAGAUGAAAAAUGGGAAUCAUGGCUUAAGGGAUUCAAACCUGGUUCUGUGGUGUUUUGUGCAUAUGGAAGUGAAGGUCCAUUAGAAAAAAAUCAGUUUCAAGAGUUGUUGCUUGGUCUUGAGUUAACAGGUUUUCCAUUUCUUGCAGCACUUAAACCACCUAAUGGAUUUGAGUCUAUUGAAGAAGCUUUACCAGAAGGGUUCAAUGAAAGAGUUAAAGGAAAAGGGAUUGUUUAUGGAAGUUGGAUUCAACAACAAUUGAUUCUAGAACACCCUUCUGUUGGAUGUUUCAUAACACACUGUGGAGCUGCUUCUAUAACCGAGGCACUCGUUAACACGUGUCAGUUGGUUUUGUUGCCACGUGUAGGCGUUGAUCAUAUCAUGAAUGCAAGAAUGAUGAGUGAAAAGAUGAAGGUUGGUGUGGAAGUUGAGAAAGGUGAUGAAGAUGGGUUGUUUACAAAAGAAAGUGUGUGUGAAGCUGUGAAAAUUGUGAUGGAUGAUGAGAAUAAAGUUGGAAGAGAAGUGAGAAAAAAUCAUAGUGAAUUAAGGAAGUUUUUAUUGAGUGAGAAUUUAGAGUCUUCGUGUGUUGAUAAUUUUUGUGAAAAGCUUCAAGGUUUGAUUUAAAUUUCUUGAGUUUGAAUAUCACAAAAUUGUUGUUGCUGAAUGAAUCAUUGCACAUAAUUGUACUGUUAUUAUUGUGUUUUAUUAUAACUUUGUGAGUUUGUAUUAUGAACUUUUGACCAAUAAUUUGCAUUACUAAAUUUGUUGGUGAUGGUUUGUGUUUGCUUUGAAGCUUCAAACCAAAUGAUAUUUAAAGAUGAAAUCAUAUGCAGAUUGGUUCUA